CCAUCGUGGAUGCGCAGCAGGGAAUACUGGGACGACAGCUUUGAGGCUCGUUACACGGAGCUCAGGAAGGAUCCGACGAGACCGCCGUUGAAGGUGAUCCUCGUGCCUCACAGCCACACGGAUCCAGGAUGGCUAAAGACGUUCGAGCAGUACUUUCACAGCUCCACCAGAAGCAUUUUGAACAACAUGGUGUCGAAGCUUCAGCAGUGGCCCAAUAUGACCUUCAUCUGGAGCGAGGUGUCCUUCUUGUCACUCUGGUGGGAAAGUGCUCACCCUACAAAGAAGAUGGUCGUGAAGAGACUGGUGAAGGAUGGCAGGCUAGAGAUGACCACUGGAGGUUGGGUGAUGACCGACGAGGCAACGUCGCACAUCUACGCCAUGUUGGAUCAGCUGAUCGAGG